AUGAUAAAUUCUACAACGAAGUGUGAGUUUCAAGACGGUCGUGAGGGCAGCGUAGACUUUCACCACGCAAUGGCUUCUUUACCUUCUAUGGACAUUAAUCACCUCCUCAGCGCAGUCGAUCAGGAUUUACAUCAACAACAACCUCAACAACAGCAAAAUGAUAACAAACAUGGCAAUAACGCAAACGAUAACAAUCCAGAGCGACAUCUGAAUGUUGUGCUCGAAGACCGGGAAUUAUGGGAGAAAUUCAAGGAGUUUACAAACGAGAUGAUUGUCACAAAGAACGGAAGACGCAUGUUUCCAGUAUUCCGAGCCAGUGUGACGGGUUUGGACCCGAAUGCAAUGUACACACUUCUGCUAGACUUCAUACAGGUGGACGCUCACAGGUGGAAAUACGUCAACGGAGACUGGGUACCCGGAGGUAAGGCUGAACCAGCAGUGCCCAGUUGUGUGUACAUCCACCCGGAUAGCCCUAACUUUGGAGCUCACUGGAUGAAGGAGCCGGUAAACUUCAGCAAAGUCAAACUAACCAAUAAACUAAACGGCGGCGGUCAGAUCAUGCUGAACUCUCUACACAAGUACGAACCCAGACUCCACGUGGUCAGAGUCAACUCCAGAACCCAGAAGAAAACCAUCCUGACGUUCAGCUUUCCGGAAACACAGUUCAUCGCCGUCACCGCUUACCAGAACGAGGAGAUUACCGCCCUGAAGAUUAAACACAACCCAUUCGCCAAGGCCUUUCUGGAUGCGAAAGAAAGACCUGACCAGCGAGAUUACAUCGAUGACCCCACGUGUGCCCAGGAGAGAUCCCUAUCACACUUUGCCGCCCCCUGGUACUUAGCCCCGGGCCCCGCUCACACUCUAGUCCCGCCCCCAGCCCAUCAGUUCGCCCCACACCUGGGCCUGGGGAACCCUCACUGCGACAGACUGACUUUCAGGAACUCCAGGCAGGGAUACCACCCUUACCAGCGCCGAUCGCCACCUCAUCCUGGUAAUUUGCUAUCAAAUAAUAAACUUCCAUGCUUCGACCCACAGGGUUCUGCGGGAGGUAGUGGCAGCUCUAGCAGCAGUCCACAAGGCACGCAGCACACUUCCGGUUUUGAGCAUUCAGUUUGUGACCUCAACGCUUUUGCACUCAAUGUAUCGCACACACCACGCCCAGUCGACGCUUCACGCGGAACUUGGAGCCCAUUGGCUUCCCCACCUUUAUGA